CGUCCUCUUUUGUGUCCAUUUGUGUCCGUCAUUCAUUCACUCAUUUACUUGCUAAAAAAGGUACAGAAACGGGAAUUGUUGGCAAAUUUGUUAAGAUAAAUACGUGUUAAAGAUUUGGUUCCCUUUUAUUUGGAAAUCUAUUCGUCUUAAGCUAUUUUCAAUCCUUAAUUGUGAAUUUGGAUGGAACUUAAGUGAAGUGUUUACAUUGUGAAAUUUCAAUAUAAUUUAAGUUACCGUGAGAUAUAUUGAGUCUGAGAAACAAUGGCUCACAGAUCAUAAUAUCUAAGCAUUAUUAUGGCAUCUGGAACAUCAUCGUUAGAAAGCAAUGGAAGUAAUGAGUCAAUAUCCAACAGCUAUGUGAACAAUGAACGGCACAAUCCCAGUCAGAUACAGAGCAUCCCGCAUCAAAUAGACUAUGAGGUGCUCACCGCCAACCAGUGCUAUGAGAAGCAGAACUACUCUGUCAAAGGCCACGGCCACAGUAUGAGCGGUACUUACGAACCGUUGCAAUAUGACGUCAUCAGCAAACAGACCAAUGAAAGCCUGAAGCAGCAAUGCGAGAAAGCGCUCCACGACUUAAAUCAAUUAAGGCGGCAGCAUACGGAGACUUCUAGAAGAUGUGAACAUGUUAUGAAGGAGUUGGAAUAUUUCCGCGGUCAGCACCGGGCAGCUAUGAACCAGUUGGAUGUGUCAGCUCAGGAGGCCAGCACUCUGCGCAGCAAGUAUGGUGACCUGCUAAAUGACAAUCAGCGUCUGGAGCGCGAGGUGCAGCACCUGCAGCAGGGCGGCGCCCCCGAGGGCAGCUCGGACGCGCUCGUACACACCCUCAGGAAAUAUGAAUCACUUAAAGAGGAAUUUGAUUGUUUCCAGAAAAGAUACGACGACCUGAUAGAGAGUCACAACACGACGCUGGAGAAGCUGCGCAGCGCGCAGGAGGAGAACUCCCGCCUCAAGACGCAGUGCCACGACCUCACGCAGGAGCGCAACGCCGUGGAGCGCGAUCAGAUGGUGGGUGAGUUGGCGGACGCCCGACGGCACGGGAACAAGAAGGGCGCGGAGGGCAAGGAGGGCAGAGAGGGAAAGGAGGGCAAAGCCCUCAGGGUCAAAGGACACGACGACAAGGUCCGUCUGUCGCAUAACAGGGACUCUGCAGUAGAUGCUGAUGUUCAGGACUUCGAGUGGGAGAUAAUCGAGGUGGAGCUGAGCGGGCUGGGCGCGGACGGCGAGCUGGGCUUCGAGCUGGCGGGCGGGCGCGAGCAGCCCUGCUACCCCAACGACACCAGCGUCUACGUCACCGCCGUCACCAAGGGCUCGCUCGCCGACGGCAAGAUCAGGGUGCUGGACCGCGUGGCGGAGGCGUGCGGCGCGUCAGCGUGGGCGCGCGGCGCGGCGUGCGCGGCGGCGCUACGUGGCGCGCUGGCGUGCGGCGCCGCGCUGCUCCGUCUGCAGCGGGCGCGCUACCUGCGCCGCCUCGUGCGCCUCGCCGGCGGCGUCGCGCUGCACCACGGUAUUUUCGUUAGCAAAAUAGCGUGCGGUAGUGCCGCGGCCAAGGAGGGCAAUAUUUACGUGGGCGAUCGAGUUGUGAGCAUAAACAACCGUUCGCUGGAGGGCGUGAAGAGCGUGUCGGAGGCGAUGGCGAUGCUGAACGACUGCCAGUACGACUCCGUGCUGCUGACGGUGCUGCUGCUGUCGUACGAGCACACGUAUGCAGAUAAAAUGGUGAACUUCUCGUCUCAAACAGACGAGCCUUGUUCACAGUUCCUGCCUCCACACGAUCCUAAGAGUAACUGCACGUGGGACAUGAUCCGCGGCAAGAUAGAGGCUGUCACCGGCAGGACCAAGUCCAAGGAGAAGCAGAACAAGGUUGUGUGGAGUCAUGAAAAUAUAACGAAGGUGUUCACAAUUGGUCUAAAACGUGUCCUAGCAAGGUUUAGGUGCUAA